GGUAGCCCCGGGCUCCCGUACGCCCCUGGAGGGCUGCCUGUGAGCCAGAGGCUGCGUCACCCCAACAGAAAUGCUUCAAAGAAGAUCCGAAAGCUUCUGCACUGGGACCCCCCCUUGGAACGCUGCAGGGACGUGCUGAGGCCACCUUGGACUGGGUGGGUGCGGCCGGCGUCUAGGCAUCCUUCUGGCCUAGGGGUGCAGCAUGGCCCCCCUGAUGCUCCUGCCUCCUGGCCCUGGGAGCUGCCGGCUGCUGCUGCUGCUGCUGGCCCUCGCCAGUUCUGAGGCAGCUUCGGACUCGAAUGAAUCUGCGAAUUCCACGGCCCAAGAUGCACCGAGCGCCCGGUUGGCUGCUUCCAGCCGAGAGCCGGCUGAAAGGAUUUCUGUGUUUGAGCUGGACUACAGCUAUGUGCAGGUUCCUUACGAGGUCACCCUCUGGAUACUUCUUGCAUCUCUCGCAAAGAUAGGCUUCCACCUCUACCGCCGGCUGCCGCACCUCAUGCCCGAGAGCUGCCUGCUUAUCCUGGUGGGCGUCCUGGUGGGCAGCGUCAUCUUCGGCACGGACCACAAGUCGCCGCCCGUCAUGGACUCCAGCAUCUACUUCCUCUACCUGCUGCCGCCCAUCGUGCUGGAGAGCGGCUACUUCAUGCCCACCCGGCCUUUCUUUGAGAACCUGGGCUCCAUCCUGUGGUGGGCAGGCCUGGGCGCGCUCAUCAACGCCUUCGGCAUCGGCCUGUCCCUCUACCUGGUCUGCCAGGUGCAGGCCUUUGGGCUGGGCGACCUGCACCUGCUGCAGAACCUGCUCUUCGGCAGCCUGAUCUCGGCGGUGGACCCAGUGGCCGCGCUGGCCGUGUUCGAGGAGGCGCGGGUGAACGAGCAGCUCUACAUGAUGAUCUUCGGGGAGGCGCUGCUCAACGACGGCAUCAGCGUGGUCUUAUACAAUAUAUUAAUUGCCUUCACAAAGAUGCAUAAAUUUGAAGACAUAGAGCCUGUGGACAUUUUGGCAGGAUGUGCCAGAUUCAUUGUUGUGGGCUGCGGGGGAGUAUUUUUUGGCAUAAUUUUUGGAUUCAUUUCUGCGUUCAUCACCCGUUUCACUCAGAACAUCUCUGCGAUUGAGCCGCUCAUCGUCUUCAUGUUCAGCUACCUGUCUUACUUAGCUGCUGAAACACUCUAUCUCUCCGGCAUCCUAGCGAUCACAGCCUGUGCAGUGACCAUGAAAAAGUAUGUGGAAGAAAACGUGUCCCAGACCUCCUACACCACCAUCAAGUACUUCAUGAAGAUGCUGAGCAGCGUCAGCGAGACGCUCAUCUUCAUCUUCAUGGGCGUGUCCACCAUCGGGAAGAACCACGAGUGGAACUGGGCCUUCAUCUGCUUCACGCUGGUCUUCUGCCAGAUCUGGAGAGCCAUCAGCGUGUUUGCCCUCUUCUACGUCAGCAACCAGUUCCGGACAUUCCCCUUCUCCUUCAAGGACCAGUGCAUCAUUUUCUACAGUGGUGUCCGGGGAGCUGGGAGCUUCUCGCUUGCGUUUCUGCUCCCUCUGUCUCUUUUUCCCAGGAAGAAACUGUUUGUUACCGCUACUCUAGUAGUGAUCUAUUUCACUGUGUUCAUUCAGGGAAUCACAAUCGGCCCUCUGGUCAGGUACCUGGAUGUCAGGAAGACCAAUAAAAAGGAGUCCAUCAACGAAGAGCUCCAUAUCCGACUCAUGGACCACUUAAAGGCUGGUAUGGAAGAUGUGUGCGGGCAAUGGAGUCACUACCAAGUGAGAGACAAGUUUAAGAAGUUUGAUCAUAAGUACUUACGGAAAAUCUUAAUCCGAAAGAACCUACCCAAAUCAAGCAUCGUUUCUUUAUACAAGAAGCUGGAAAUGAAACAAGCUAUUGAGAUGGUGGAGACCGGGAUCCUGAGCCCUGCAGCGUUCUCUGCACUGCAGCAGGCGCAGAGGACACAAGAGACCAAGAGGCUUUCCCCUGAAGACGUGGAGUCCAUGAGAGACAUCCUGACACACAACCUGUACCAAGUGCGACAAAGGACCCUGUCCUACAACAAGUACAACCUCAAGCCCCAGAGCAGCGAGAAGCAGGCGAAGGAGAUCCUGAUUCGGCGGCAGAACACGCUGCGGGAGAGCCUUCGCGAGGGCCGCCGCCUGCCCUGGGGGCCGCAGGCCGGCGCCAAGAACGUCCGCUACCUGUCCUUCCCCUACGGCAAGCAGCAGGCCUGGAGGAGAAACACGGGUGCCACAGAGGCCACAGAUGAUGACAGCAGCGAGCCUGGGCUCCCAUCCAUCACUUUCAGCGCACGACCCCAGUUGGGGUCACUUCGGGAGAGCUGGUUGGCGCGGGAGGUGAUCCCCAUGAAGAGCUUACCCCAGGGCACAAUGACGCUGCCCUUCCAUGACAGCAGAGACCCUGGGCUGGGCAGGAGGGCAGUGGUGCGGCCCCGACCACUGUUCCUUGCCUUGGACGAGGAGUUUGAAUCGAGGGAGGAGAGUGACGAGGAGGCUUCCACCCUCAGAUCCAGGUGGACGGUGGAGCGUGGACACAGCAGGGAGCAUGGCCAGUCCCACAGCCCUCUGCUCCGCAGGAAGUAGAGCUGCUGCCCACAGGACUGCUUCUGGGCUUCCAGAGCUUGUCCUCCAUGGUUGUGAGAGAGAGGUCUUCAGAUGCAAGCCGUGGAGUUGGCUUUCUUGGAGUUACUGGAUACAAGUGUCUAAGAGACAGUAAGAUGCUAGGGAAUCUGGGAACGAGGUGUAGAGGGGCCGCCUUCUGAGCUGGGGGGCAGUGAUAGGAGCUGGGCCCCCGCCUUCCUAAGCUCACCCUCUGAAGGCCUCUGACCCAGCACGGGCACUGAGAUGGAAGUGGCGCUGGUUGGUGACUCGCGCUGACCACGCGUGUGUGCAGCUUAGAAUCAGGCAGAGUGAGGUGGAGUCUUGGCCAUCUCCUGGCACAAACGCUGUGUUCGCAGGUGAGGACCCCAGGGCCGAGGUACCUGGUGAGCUGUCCUCCCUCCAGUGAGUGUACUUGUUUUGAUUUUGAUAUCUGAUAUGCAAUCUUCUAUCUGAAAAGCUGGCAAAAAUUUUUAUAACCUUGCUGUAUCCAAUGGGCAACAGUGGUGGGUGCAGUGCACACUACAGGAGGAAGAUCAGAUCAAUGGCUUCAUGGUCUAUCCUAUAAUUGCAAUAUUGAUUUUAAAAGCAAAUAUUAGAAACACAGUGGCCACAGCAUCUGACCACCAUGACAUGGACACCAGGUACUUGUGAGGUGUACGUAGCACUCGGCGUUGUUCCCCGGCUGCACUUUGAGCCGCACGCUUCAGCUUGCCAAUUAGACCAGACAGCACUAACGCUGCUCCCUUCCUCUCUUCCUCCUCCCUCCCUCCUUCUCUGUCCCUCC